AUGGCGCUCGUUUUGGCAGCGAGCACUCGGGAUUGGGCGGAAGUAGAAAGGCUCCUGAAAGUCGGCUCCGAUGUGAACAAGCAAGACAGGUCAGGUCAGUCGUGCCUCAUGUGGACCGCGCAGUGGGACAACCUGAAAAUGGUACGACUUUUGCUCGAAAGAAGAGCUGCAGUGGAUUUGAAGAGCAACCAUGGCGUUUCGGCACUGAUGUUCGCAGCCGACAGCAACGCAAGAGACAUAGUCCGGGUGUUGCUGACGCACAAGGCCAGCCCUGAUGAAAAGUCAAGGCACGGAAUGAAUGCGCUGCUGCUAGCAGCCAAGAAUGGGGCAGCUCAGACUAUACGUGUGCUGCUAGAAGGGCAAGCUGACAUCAAUGCCCAGGGAGCAGGUGGCAUGACGGCCCUUAUGUAUGCUGCAGCCGAUGAUCAUGCGGAUGCCGUGCAGGUGCUGCUGGAUCAUGGUGCCGAUGUGAACGUGCAAAAUCGGGAUCGGCAGACUGCCCUUAUCUUGGCGACGCAGAAGAACGCAACCUUGCGAGCACGACACAACUUUGCUCCAAUGGUGGAGUACGUGAAUGGCGUAUCUCACUUGCCAUCGGUGCUUGACUUCUUGCUGGCAGCUCAAUCUGAGCUUGAGCUUCAAGACCGAGAGGGGAAAAAGGCCUUGGACUACGCAGGUGGCAAGGCAGAGCAACUCCUCAGAAGCUGGCCCAACCGAGUGGCACGCUUGGCGGCGGCACUGGAGGCUUCGUGCUUUUCUCUUGAUUUCCUACGCAGUGGGACGUGUGCACAGGAAACUUAG